AUGAUAAGGCUAGCAAUCUCUCCCGACGUGUACUAUACAGUAUGUAAUUCUGGCCUCUGUCAAUGCCAAUGGAGCAGAUUUGCUUUGAGCCAACAUUUGAAAGGGCUGACUGGAACCUACCAUCCUAUACAUUGUACAGUGUGUGAGAGACCCUGCUUGGCGAGGGGCUUUGGAGCAGGCUGACUGGACAGAGCCGUUGGGACCGAGGCUGUGUGAAAGGAAGGGUGGAGUUUCCACAUCGCAUUGAGUACACACACUGCUGUCUGCAUCACUGUGCAGUACCGCCAGUCAACUGGAGAGGAGUGUCAUAGAAGGGGGGGGGGGUUGCACAACAGCAUACAGGCCGGCACAGGCUACAUUACUAUUGAGAGGGAGGGAUGAGAAUGCUGAAUCAGUGAAACUGCAUGAAAGCCAGGGAGAGGGUGGGAGAGGGUGAACCGCAGGAGAGAGGGAAGGGAAAGAUAGCCGCAAGGGCGAAAGUUCAAAGGUUAAACGUUCACGGUGAGCUUGAGGUGGCCGUACACCUUGCUGCAGACCAGGAAAGGAAGCCAAGAUGGAAGGAAGGGAGGUGGUGUUGCCGACUGUGUCCCGCGUUGCACUGUGUGGUGGUACCCAUGGCAAUGAGCUGUCAGGAGUGUACCUGGUGAGAGAGCGGCUGAAGAGGAAGGUGGAAGAGGAAGACCACUUCUCCGUGGUGACCGUGAUGUCCAACCCGCGUGCCGUCCAGCAGUGUCGGAGAUACACAGAGACAGACCUGAACCGCUGCUUCACCCAUGCCACCCUUAGUGGGCCUGUGACAGACAAAACCCCCUAUGAGAUAGUCCGGUCCCAGGAGCUGAACACCCUGCUAGGUCCUAAAGGUAGUCCAGAGGCCAUGGACCUGGUGUGUGACCUCCACAACACUACCGCUAACAUGGGCCUGUGCCUCAUCGCCUACUCCGACUGCGACUGGAUCUCUCUUCACAUCUACAGAUACCUGCAGAGACAAAUGUCUGACAUACCUGUGAGGUUCAUUCACUUCGACCUUCCCCUCAAUGAAGCAUAUUCCCUCGAUUCGGUAGGCAAACAUGGCUUUGCGAUUGAGAUUGGUCCUCAGGCCCAUGGAGUAGUCAGGUCCAAUAUUUUAUCCACAAUGCAAGAAGGGGUCCAGCACAUGCUAGAAUGGGUCCACCUCUUUAACUCAGGUACCCAGUUUGAAGGAGGAAAAGUGGAUGUGUUCACCAUGGUGAAAAAUGUGGACUACCCAAGAGACUUUGAGACCCACGGUAUUACAGCCGCCAUUCAUCCUCAACUCCAGGAUCGGGACUUCUGCCUCCUCCGCCCCAAUGACCCUGUGUUCCAGACUUUCUCUGGAGAGACACUAAAGUACAAAGGGACUGAGCCACUCUAUCCAUUCUUCAUUAACGAAUGUGCGUACUAUGAGAAGGGCAUAGCUCUCUCCCUUGCAAGACAGAGGAGUGUGGGGAUACCAUCCAUCCGAUCGGAGAGAGAAGGAGAACAGGGAAAGAGGAAGAGUUCAGCAGAAGAAAUGGAAGAGGAAGAAGAAAUUAAAGGGGAAAUGGAGGAGGAGGGCUAUCAGAAGCUAAUGGAAUAUGGAGAGGAGAGUGAUUCACUAAAUGGACAAUACAACUGAGAGCUCAUUUCAAGUUCUUGAUAUGAAUAGUGGAUAAAAAUAAAUACAAAUAUGUAAAAUGAGACACGUUGAUCAAAUGUAAUGAACUUCAAAUAAUAAUAAA